GCACUUGAAGGCAGCACAGUUCUCUGUUGCUCUUGAACGUAGCUUGUUCACCUUUUAUUCAACACUACAAACACACACUGCUUCACUUCCGGACAGAAGAGAAACAACACGCAGCUCAACGCGAGGCGGCCAGAAUGACGAGCCUCCAGCUGAGUGCGAAGGAGGAGAUUGUGGCGACGUUUCUGGAUGCUGCAGCCAGAGGAGACCUUACCCAGUUGUCCACGCUGCUGUCCAAUGUCCCCUCGCUCAUCAACCAGUCAGGAUACAGCGGCUGGACGGCCCUCAUGCUCGCCGCACGCAACGGACACUACCAUGUGGUGGAGGCGCUGCUGUCGCAUGGCUGCGACAAGUUCUCGGUGAACAGCUCGUCGCAGACCGCCUACGAUAUCGCCAAGUUCUGGGGCCACCGACACGUCUCCAACCUGCUGGGCCGGAUGGACGACGGCUGCCAGCGAGUGCUGCCGGGCUCGGAGGACCUCGACCAGCAGGAGAACUACUUCAGCAGAGAGACGCUGGACCGGCUGAGCGCCAAGAGGACGGAUAAGGUCUGGUUGGAGGAUAAACAGAGUGACCCAGAUACGGUCUACCUCCUGUUCUCCAGCCUCAGCCCCAUGGUCAGCAGCUCCCAGGACAACGACAACGCAGGGGUUGACACCAAGCUGUGUCGGUUCAGAUAUGAAGCAGUUAAAGACCUUCUCCAGAAACCUGCGACUGUGCUCGUGUUCCUGGGAGUGGAGAAGAGGAAAAAACCCUCCUCUUCCUCCUCCUCUCAGACGGAGGGUGGAGUCCAGGAGCCUCCCGCUUGGUUUGCCAUCAACACAGAUGAAGACGCCGCUGAGCUUCUUAAACGCUGCAGAGAAAAGAACUGCCUCUUCCCAAAGACGCCCAACAGAGACCUGCUGAAGUUCAACGAGGAAGACGCCGGAGUUGUGGCUCAGGCUCGAUCGGUGUUGGCCUGGCACAGCCGCUACAGCUUCUGUCCGACAUGUGGCAGCAGCACCAAGCUGGAGGAGGGAGGACACAAGAGGAGCUGCCUGAACGCCGACUGCAGGAGCCUGAAGGGGGUUCACAACACCUGCUAUCCACGAGUCGACCCAGUGGUCAUCAUGCUGGUGAUCCACCCUGAUGGAAACCAGUGUUUACUGGGAAGGAAGAAGAUCUUCCCUGCUCGCAUGUUCUCCUGUCUGGCUGGAUUCGUAGAGCCUGGCGAGACGAUGGAGGAGGCGGUGAGGAGGGAGGUGGAGGAGGAGAGCGGAGUGAAGGUCGGACCGGUUCGCUACGUCUCCUGCCAGCCCUGGCCGAUGCCCUCCAACCUCAUGAUCGGCUGCCUCGCCGUCGCCAUGUCGACCGACAUCAAAGUGGACGAGAAUGAGAUCGAGGAAGCUCGCUGGUUCCCACGGCAACAGGUGAUUGACUCAUUCAGAGGAACCAAUCCAGCCUUCACCUUCCCUCCCAGACAGACCAUCGCCCACCAGCUGAUCAGACACUGGAUCGGCAUGAACUCUAACCUUUGACCUCCGACCUUUAGCACUCAAACCUCCAGACGGUUAGAUGGGUCUAAAAUAAACCAGCAGCUUCUGAACUGUUGCUGCUCUGCUGCGCAGUCGAGAGAUUGUUCAGGUUGUGCUAAACACGGU